AUGAACACUGCGCCGUAUGAUUAUCUGAUAUCUGUUAGCUCGGUCAAUAGGUUCUAUAGCAAACUUGGAUUUCGUACAUAUGAAGGUACAUGGACAGGUCUGCUAGGAGCUUUGAUUGACCAAACUGUGGACGUAGCUCUGGAGCCUGUUACUGCUCAUCCAGCUCGACAUCAAGAUAUGGAAUUUAUUUUUCCUAUUGCUGAAACUAUGUGUAACAUUUACAUAAGGCAACAGGAGACGUCCACAGUUCGUGAUAUAUUCAUGGCACCGUUUAGCGCUCGUCUUGUGGCUUGUGUGUUGGCUAUAGCCAUUUUGGCGGCGUCUGCUGUGAUUUUGAUUAGUCGUCUGGCGCCCAGUGGAGCUUGGACACCUCCAAAUCCUGCAGCGAGCGUUUUACUAAUCGUGUGCCUAAUAUUCGCGGUGGUGACAUAUAAUGCUUAUGCAGCAUUCAUAACUUCCGUUUUGUCGGUGCGGGUGGCAAGUUUAGACACCGUUGCUGCUGUGUUACAUUCGCCUGAAUUCAAAAUUGGAUAUAUUAGGAAUGGUGCAGACCAAAUGUAUCUCAUGUCCACUAAGGAUGCGCAGUUAAAUGCAUUUUACAUUCGUGGUUAUUCUGAUGCUGAGAAUUUGGUAUCGUCUGCGGAAGAGGGCCUGGCGCGGGCUGCUAGGCAAAAUUAUGCUUUUUUUGCUGGACAACGAGCUGCACGCUCCACAUUACGGUAAGAAUUUUAUUCUUACCUUUAUAAUAUUAUAUGUAUGAGGGUAGCUGGGGAUUUGUCACUUACGUAACGUUUGCUUCCAAUAAUUUAUCACCUCCUCAGCCAUUCAGUUACAAUGGCAAUUCAGUUGAUUUAUUAUCUGGCAGUUUGAAUAUUAUAUGGAUAAAGUGGAGGUCUAACUUCGAUAUUUAAAUAAAAGCUUGCGAAAUUCAUAAAAAGGAUCUGAAGUCCAAUACAACAUACCUAUUUUUACUAGAAAACGACGAACAAUGCCAAGUAAUGCUUAAUCAAGAUUGAGC